UUCGUACAACGCCGUGACCGUCAUGCUGCUCCGCUGCCGCCAACUUGACUCGAUCCGCGGGCUCGCUACCACAUCAGUUGGAGGAAACCAGCGUAUCUACAAGUCUCCGUACCCUCCAAUUCGUGGCGAACCGCGCACGUCGUGGCAGCUCGUCCAAGAUGCAAUCAAGACGUACGCAGACAAGCCUGCUCUAAUCUGCGGAGUUUCCCACCGGCACAUGACCUUCCGGGAGUUCGAUGGCGCCGUGCAGAACGUAGCUGCGUCGUUUUCGGCUCGAGGAUUGUCCAAAGGCGAUGUCGUGCUGACGAAUAUGGUCAACUGCAUCGAGUACCCAGUGCUUUACCAUGCGCUGACGUCGAUCGGAGCGAUCUUGUCACCUGCCGCCCCCUCCUUUGCAUGCGCCGAGCUCGCGCAGCAACUUGAAGCGUCGAACGCGACGUUCGUGGUGACGCACAAAGCCGUUGAAGCCGCCGCCAUGGACGCCGCCAAGUUGCACUCGAUUGCGAUUGAUCGGAUUUUUUCGGUGGGCGGCUCCAACGCCGGCAUCCCUUCUUUCAGCGAGCUCCAGUCGCCACCGUCGACAACACGAAGGUCUCCCGUCGGCAUUGACGCCGCGAGGGACGUCAACUACCUUCCGUUUUCAAGUGGAACCACUGGACCUCCCAAGGGUGUUCGCCUGUCGUACUGGAACCUAGCGGUCAAUGCACUGCAAUGGCAAGCCAUGGAUCGAUUCAACGCGCCUGCGCUCGCCGUGCUGCCUUACUACCACAUCUACGGCACGACGUUGAUGAAUGGCGCGUUGCUGAGCGGCCAGCCCCAAGUGAUUCUCCCCAAGUUUGACCCCGCCACCUUCUUGUACGCGCUCCAGCACUACAAAAUUGAAAAAGGACACAUCGCGCCGCCGCUUGCGGCAUUCCUAGCCAAGCAUCCUCUCGUGGAUCAGUACGACCUGUCAGCCACCAAGAUUCUCGUGUCCGGUGCGGCUCCCAUGGGCCAAGCUCUGGAAGAAGCGGUGAAGAACCGCCUCGGCAUUUCCAUCAAACAAGCUUACGGCAUGACCGAACUGUCACCCGUCGCCACGUACUCGCACGAUUCCAGUACCAAGUCCUCGUCGUCGGGCCACUUGGUCCCCAACACAGAACUGCGCGUGGUGUGUCCAGCGACCGGGACCGAUUUGCCGCCCCACUCGACGGGCGAGCUGUGGUAUCGCGGACCCCAAGUCAUGCUCGGCUAUUUGAACAACGACGCAGCGACCGAGGCAACCAUGACUGAAUGCGGAUUCCUAAAGACGGGCGACUUGGGCUAUAUCGAUGACGACGGCCACAUUUACGUGGUCGACCGAUUGAAGGAGCUGAUCAAGUACAAAGGCCACCAGGUGGCUCCUGCCGAGCUGGAGGACGUCCUGCUGAAGCACCCCAGCGUUCUCGACGUGGCGUGCAUUCGAGGUUACGAUGACAAGAACGACGAGGUGCCUAAGGCAUGUGUGGUGCUCAAGGCGAAUGCGCAGGUGACGGCGGAAGAUUUGAUGGAGUAUGUGGCCGACCACGUUGCACCGUUCAAGAAGGUCCGGCAAGUUGUAUUUGUCGACUUCAUUCCCAAGAGCGCGUCGGGAAAGAUUCUUCGCCGCGAGCUUCAGGCCAAAUACAAGUGAUGGGCGAGGGAACAAUGCGAGGGGAGGUUGAUCGCUGACUACACAUUCACAUCAUGAGUGGGUACACAGCACUCGCGGCAGGGAAACGAUAAAGUGAAUCAACCACGGAAAUGCC